AUGUUCGCUGCCAGGCAAGCUUUCUUCCAGGCCCAGCGCCGCUGCUUCUCGGCCUCGGCCCGCCAGAAUUCCAAGGUCACCGUUCUCGGCGCCGCUGGUGGUAUUGGUCAGCCAUUGUCCCUGCUGCUCAAGCUCAACCCCAGGGUUAGCAAGCUCUCCCUCUACGACAUCCGUCUAGCUCCCGGUGUCGCUGCCGACAUUGGCCACAUCAACACCAAGAGCGAGGUCACUGGUCAUGAGGCCACUCCCUCAGGUCUCGCAGACGCCCUCAAGGGUGCUGAGAUUGUCGUCAUCCCCGCUGGUGUUCCCCGCAAGCCCGGCAUGACCCGUGAUGACUUGUUCAACACCAACGCCUCCAUCGUCCGCGACUUGGCCAAGGCCUGCGCCGACCACGCCCCCGAGGCCAACAUCCUGAUCAUCUCCAACCCCGUCAACUCCACCGUCCCCAUCACCGCCGAGGUCUUCAAGUCCAAGGGCGUCUACAACCCCAAGCGCCUCUUCGGUGUCACCACCCUCGACGUUGUCCGUGCCUCGCGCUUCAUCUCCCAGCUCAAGAACACCGACCCCGCCACCGAGAACAUCACCGUCAUCGGUGGCCACUCCGGCGCUACCAUCGUUCCCCUCCUCUCCCAGUCUGGCUACAACCUCGAGGGCGAGCAGCUCGCCGAGUACAUCAAGCGCGUCCAGUUCGGUGGUGACGAGGUUGUCCAGGCCAAGGACGGAGCUGGCUCUGCCACUCUCUCCAUGGCCAUGGCCGGUGCCCGCUUCGCCGAGUCGCUCCUCAAGGCUGCCCAGGGCCAGAAGAACGUCAUCGAGCCCACCUUUGUCGACUCUCCUCUCUUCAAGGACCAGGGCUGCGAGUACUUCUCCACCAACGUCGAGCUCGGCCCCAACGGUGUUGAGAAGAUCCACCCCGUUGGCAAGAUCACCGACCACGAGCAGAAGCUCCUCGACGCCUGCGUCGCUGACCUCGCCAAGAACAUCAAGAAGGGUGUUGAGUGGGUCAAGCAGAACCCAUAA